AUGGGAGGAAGAUGUUCUGGUAGGAGAAAUGUUUCAACCAGUAGCGGUUUGUCUUCGUUUGAUGAUCAUCAUCAUGACUACCAAAUAAGAUCACCACACUUUGAUCAGCGGCCUUAUCUUACACAUUAUACUCCUCAGCAUCACCUUGCGCCGCCUUCUUUCAACUACGGUUUCAGAACUCCUCAGCAUCACCUAGCGCCGCCUUCUUUCAACUACGGUUUCAGAACUCCUCAGCCACAUCAUCGGAGGUUUGACACAAGAUAUUCCAGGAUAUUUGAUGACUACAAAUCCCUGGACCAGGUAAGAGCUGCACUCGUUGAGGCAGGAUUAGAGUCAUCCAACCUUAUUAUUGGUCUUGAUUUCACAAAGAGCAAUGAAUGGACAGGUUCCAGGUCAUUUCAGCACAAAAGCUUGCAUCACCUUGGAAGUGGUCAGAAUCCAUAUGAGCAAGCAAUCUCAAUUAUUGGGAAAUCGUUAUCCUCCUUUGAUGAGGACAAUUUGAUCCCAUGUUUUGGAUUUGGAGAUGCCUCAACUCGUGAUCAAGAUGUAUUUAGCUUUUAUCCAGAUUCUAGGGUCUGUAAUGGAUUUGAAGAAGUUGUUAGGAGAUAUCGGGAAUUAGUUCCCCAGAUUCGACUUUCAGGACCUACAUCUUUUGCACCUAUAAUCGAAAUGGCUAUGAGAAUUGUAGAGGAUAGCGGUGGCCAGUACCAUAUCCUGUUGAUAAUUGCUGAUGGCCAGACUCUGAGAAGUUCUGAGACUCCCAAAAGUAAAAUUAGUCCUCAGGAGCAGAAAACAGUUCAUGCUAUCGUCAAAGCAAGUGAAUAUCCGUUGUCUAUCAUUCUAGUUGGUGUGGGAGAUGGUCCUUGGGAUAUGAUGAGGGAGUUUGAUGACAACAUCCCUGCAAGAGCAUUCGAUAAUUUUCAGUUUGUGAACUUUACGGAGAUAAUGUCGAAAAAUGUGGAUCCACAGAGGAAACAGGCAGAAUUUGCACUUGCCGCCCUCAUGGAAGUACCUUCCCAAUAUAAGGCUACAAUUGAACUCAACCUACUAGGAUGUCGAACUUACAAGGCCCCAAACAGGAUGCCUCUGCCUCCGCCUGUCCAUGGCUCAGCUUCUUCUAGCAGCAGUUUCAGAUCAUACCGUCCAAAAGGCGCCAUCGCCAAGUUACCUUAUGGAUAA